AUGCUCCCCUGUUCUUCGUCUGCGCAGAUGGAGGGAUGCGAGGAGGAGAGAGACGCGCACAUGCAAACAGAGGUAAAGCGCUCAAACACGUUCAACUGCUCAAUGUUGGUUUUUAAUCCGAUUAACCCUGCGUGUAAAACACUCCCAGUGUGUGCAGAAACCUCUUUCUCGGUCUCUCCAGAGCAGAUGGGAGAGUUUUCGGGCUCAUUUCAGCCGGUUUCAUUCGCCGGCCGGCUCCUCCUGGAGGUUAUUGUGGACAUGAAAGAGCCGGACCCCUCCCUGAAUUUUUGCAUCUUUUGUCAUUUACUCGAAAACGAUAAAAUACUCUUUAAUUUUGACUCCAAUGUCGGUUUUAGUGCUUUUAAUGAGAAAUGUUCUGUUUUCUUCAUGUAUUUUUAGUCGUUUUUAGGGUCCAGUGUUCUGGAGAGUAUGACUGCACAGGAAAAUGGGAACACCUCGCCCCAUGAUUUAGCUGAUAGCAGAGCUUAUUUAACACGUGCUUAAAUAUCAUGAAACCUUUGCUUCUUCCUCAUCUGCCUCUUAUUCUCUAGAUAAAAGAAGAUCAAUAAUUCUAGAAGUGAAUACAUUGGGAAUAUAGAGUCUAAAUCCAGAUUCUGGUGAUGGUUUCUUAAAAAGAUCAUGAUUAUUUAAACACAAUCUGAGUGACGAAGCUUUAAACAUCCUCACCCUUUGACCUCCAAGGUUUACAUUAACCUCCCAAACCUGCUGGUCUACAGACUACAUUUACAGCUCCAUCCUCCCAGCAGUCUAUCUGCUCAGGUUUGGGGUAAUGCUAAUUAUGCAAAUUGGCAAUUAGCGCAAUCCUGUUGGUGCUGAUAUUAUUUUGCUUUGGUAGGAGACAAUUCAAAAGUAGUCACUCUUUAUUCUGAGCUCUGGUUGUCAUGAAAUCAGAUGAUUACGAAAUCACAAAUAUUCUCAGUAACAUUUUCAUCUUAUCGAGAAUAUUUGUGGUGAUAAUUUAAGCUGCAGUAGGAGCUGUCGCCACCUGAUCUGUCCCGGAAACCCGAUUUGUACUGCGCAUGUGCGAAACGAACGUCGCUUCCUCUACUAGCCAUCUUUGCGACAGCUUCGACACUUAUUCGACCGCUUCGGCAUCAGAGAGCUCACUACAGUCAGAAAGGAUGCUUCAGUUUAUAGUGCUUCCCCUGACUGAAGCAGAGUACCGGAAAAUCGAGAGAAUGGCGCCCAUUUUUACGAUUAAAGGUUCCUACUACGGCUAAACUGCAACAUAGUUAUAAAAGUCUCGAAUGAAUGUGAAUAUUUUAAUGUCGAAAUUGUACGCUGUAUAAAAAAGCUGAAAUUCAUUGUCCAUAAUGUGUAGGCUUCUUGUUAAUAAAUUUAAUUAAUAAAGUAAAUGAAAGAGAUCCCCCCUUGAUACUUUGAAAAGUCAAAGAACCAUGACUUUGGCCAGGUGGCGGCGCUCUCUGUGGCCCAAAAGGUCUCACUGUGCUGUGGCUAGCUAGCCUGUCACAUCGCCAGCUUGUUUCUGAAUCUAUCGGUAGUUUAAAGUUUUUAAGGUGAAGUAAAUUUGCACUUGCGCAGUACGGAUCGGGUAGGUAGCGACUCACUGCCGUAAAAUACACUGAAAUGCCAAGACAGAAAGUGACGUACGUCUCACAUGCGUGGUAGAAAUCGGGUUUCCGGGUCGGCUCAGGUAACGACAGGAGCCAAACGGCAGUUCAAGUGUAGCUAUCUGACCGGUCACUCUUUUUUCGCUAGCAUUAGCAGCUACCAUACAUAAAUAACCUCUGCUGCCCCCUAUAAUGAAACAGCUGGUUACGCGGUAUUACAGUGAGUUUAACUUUAACACAGUAUUAAUAUCAAAUUAGCAACAGGAUUGGAAACUGAGAGGAAACUCGCAGUGAGAUUAAAUUUGGAGCUCGCUCUCAGUUUGUGUUUUAUAUAUUUGUAUGGGUGCCUGUGAUGUCCAAACACUGUCCUAACUCCGUUUUGUUUAGUCAUGAGUUUGCGUGGAUGAUGAUGUCAGCAGCGUUUGGUUAUAUUUACAUUCUGUGGUCAUUAAAAACGGCUUUUUCCACUGCUAAUGUUAUUAAUGAAAUCGGCCUUAUGAGGGCCGGUCCUGAUUAUUGUAAAAGUCAUCAAUCGGCAGAUCAGGUUGAUUGAUCCGUGUAGAUGUUUCUUUAUGGUGUGUUUCCAUCACAGUCAGCUGGUUAUUACACUUUCGGUCCGCCUGUGGUUGCAGUCAGAUCUUCUCCUGGUUGGGGAUUUACAUAUUUUAAUGUAAAUUAAAAAAGUGUCGUCAUGCCCCCCGUACUCACGGAGCAGCGAGGGGAUUUGGACCUCUCUAUCCUGGCAGCAUCGGUGCCGUACUGUGUGGCGGUGAACCCGCUGCCCGCGCUGUGCUCCUGAGGGAAAUCUGAGCUGACAGUGUGUGAGACUGCAGGUAGAGCAGGGAGAAAGUGGGCCAAGUGCUUCCUGCUGCUAGAGAGAGAGAGAGAGAGAGAGAGAGAGAGAGAGAGAGAGAUGGAUGCUGGCUCACGUCCUUCUUGUCCUUUUUAUCUGAUAGUGACUCGGUUUUACUGCAGACACACCCCUUUAGUUUUUACCGAACUGGUCAGGAUGGAGCGGUUUUUGGGGAACAGUCUUAUCCUAUUAUCCCCACACCAUUCUUGUAAAUGUUGUUUCAGUCUAGAGAGACUUAAAUAUAAGUGAACAACUAUUUUACAUCAUUUAGAGAAGGAUCUCUCGUGUGUCUUUGUGCUCAAAUAUUUAGAAAAACAUAAUUAGUGGAGAAAAAAACGGUUAAUCCUACUUUUCAUCUUUAGUCUCACUGGAUGAUGGAUUUUGUCUAAAAAGGACCACGCAUCAGUUCUUCACUUCACUUUAAGAGCUUUAGCUAAAUUUUGGUGAUAAUACAUUUAAUUAAACACCAGAUUUCACUUGAAGUAAAUCAGUUUUACUCAGUUUCAUAAAAAUAAAGGAUUUAAGCUCCUUUACUGUUUAUAUUUGAUCACAAGCUGCAGAUCAAACUCAUCCUUCAGUCUUUUCAAGCGUUUCUAUAACCUGAAGAUUUGGGGCUUUUAUUUUAUUAGGAUUCAUGAAAAUGUCUCUUACUUCUUUAUACUGGCAGUUGGCUAAAGUUCAUGCUUGUGACUCUCUCUCAGUCUGUCCCUUGGCUUUUCAGACACACAUUGUAGGGCUGUACAGUUAAUCGAUUUUAAUCCUAAUCGGAUUAUUUGAUUAUGACGAUGUUAAAAAAAUUAAAAUCUUCAAAUCAAUUUUCCUCUCUAUUAUGUCUCGCACCUCCAGACCACCGUAGCUCCCCAGUUCCCACACACACCAGUGUAAACAAACAUGGCGUUUGCAAAAGAAGGCGAUAAUUUUGUGGUUAAAUAGGACAAGAGCAAGUCAGUCGUGUUGAAUUGGUACAACUCCACAGUUUCAGAUGAAGAACAAACCACUCCCCGCUGCAAAGUCUGUCUGAAGGCGGUAUCAGCCCGUCACCACGGAAACAAAUUCAGGAGGAAACGCUGUAGUUUUUUGUUGUAUCGGCGUUUCCGGUGACUGUAAACGGUACUUUUUGAAAACGGGUCAGAGAGUGAAUAAAUCUGUAAACGACGACCAUUUCAUCUCCGUAUGGAUGUCUAUCUGCAUCUCUAGAAACGAUCAUGUGACACACAGCGUCAGAACAACCUUUAUACACAUGCUCUGUACUCUUCUUCUGUCUUUUGUGCGCUUCCUGUGCAGCGUUACAGCGCCACUUACUGGAUUGGCAUAUACACUACAUCGUUUUUUAGUGGUUUAGUUUUGAGUGACGAGAGAAAAACUUAUUAAAGUAAAGUUUGGUGAAGUUGGCACUGAAUAAAUAAUCAAAAUCAAAAAUCAAGUUUUUAAAGAAACAAAUUGAUAUUUUAUUUUUGGCUAAUAUCGUGCAGCCCUAACACACAGAAACACACCUGUCUCCUCUUCUCUCCUCCUGAUAGUUUGUAUCGUGUUCCACCUUUAAUCCUAACAACUUCCUCUUGCUACUGAACUUUGUCUCUCUUUGUUCCUGUUCAUGACGAAGGGGGAAGGACUACAGGAGUAACUGAGACCACAGAGACCAGAACUGUGAGACUGUGUUCAGCUGUUCCUGUCGUCCAUAAAUAGUCUUGUUAAUAAAGCAGAGGCGUUCAAAAUGAACAGCUGGAGGUUCAUGAAAACUCGACUACAGCAGCAGACAAUAGGGUUUCUGAGCUCUCCAGCCCGCUCCGUCUUUACUGGUCAGUCUGGUCUCAUCAUUGAACCCACAGCUGAUGACCACCUGAGCACAAAUACCCGUUAAGUACAGUAUGAGCGCUCCAGGGUUUUCACCGGCUUUACAAGGAGACAGAGAUUGUCUGGAUGAGUCAUUAAACGGCUCACGUAAAGGUCCACACUGCAGCUGAGUCCCAGAAAUAAUCGCUGAUUUUAGGGAUUUAGAGUCUUCAGGGCCAGUCACAGAGGCUUCGUCGUCUUCUUCUGAGUGGAAACUCAAACUCUUAAAUCUGUAUGUGGGAUUAGUCCAAGUUUAGGGGGUUCACAGGGAGGGUUUAGCUCACCUUAACAGACUUUGUGAUGACUGUAUAAAAUCAGGAGGCAGAGACACCGCUGAUCACCACAAACGUCACAGAUUCACCCACAGGAGAUGAGACCUUUUAUUCCACAAGUCUCUUAUUUCAGUCCAACUUCAUCAAACCCAGACUGAGAUACUCGGCCUCCUGUAGGUCAAAGUUGAAGCAAACCUUCUGUGAUGAUUAUGAAGACUCAUUUUCUUUGUUUGCUUCCGCUGCCGUCGGUCAGUGAACGCUCCAGUUCCUGCAGGCUGCAGUCGAUCCUGUACGUCUCUGUCCCAUUAAGAAAAGAGGCAAUCCCAGUUUGAUCAAUAAUGAGACGAUGAUGAUGCCAUCCGCUUUUAAACCUGAGACUGGACUCGAGAAGACAAAGAAAUCUUUGAGGGAGAGGCAUCAUUCGGCUUCUCGUUUUUCCUCUAUAUCCACGAGGAGAGCAGCUUCUCUUCCCUCCGCUCACAUAAAUAUCGAAGCUCCUCACUGAGUCAACAAAGUCUGAAAUUUCCCUUAAAAAUAAAUAUAAAUUGAUUUUAAAUCGCCCAGCACUACUCUAGGACUAAUUUCUCUAACUAUUACAGAGUAAAAAUUUCAGAGAACCACAUUUUUAUGUCUCCAAGAUGAAACUGUCCACUGACACUGUGGGUUUGAACUUAAUCUUCGUGGCAUCUUCAGCUGCGGUUUCACCCCGACAACAAUCAAACCGGGCUUCUCCACAGCUGCUCGUCCCAAAUAUAGCUCCACGCAGAUUCCUCACAGUUAAUCUUGUGGAUGUGAGGAUGAAGCCGUGGCUUUUACGCCUCCUCCAGAGUCAGUCUGGUAUUAGAGACGACGGGUGUUUAAAGGAUCAUUUUUAGAGGAUAGAGGAGAAACUGCUCACCAGUAUCUCUGGAUCUUAAGGAAUCAAAAUAAAACAGUUUUUUAGUGAUGAAAUCCUUCGUCUACAGAACUGAACAUGCAAAGAAUCAAAAUUCAGAAUACAUAUCAGUGAUUUGUUCAUCAUAGACCAGAUUAGCUGCAUGUGAAAAAGCACGUCUGUGAGUUCUGUGUCUGAAAAAUCGAGCAAAACCAAACGGAAAAGUGCUGAAAAUUCUCUGGGUGGAGUGUUACAGUAUUGGAGUUUCUCAAAAUGAUUUCGUUCACACGGCAGAGUCAGCAUCAUCUGCAGAAAACUGCAGCAAACCUUCCAGCAGUUUCUCACUGACAGAGGCAGAGCCGACCGACAUCUAGUGUGGUUAAUACACAUGCUAGUGACAUGCAACUCGUAUGAAUUCACUUGAUAUAAUCUAAUCUAAUCUCUGAUGCACUGAGUAGAGUUUUCUGCAGCACCAAGUUCGAUAUUCCUUCCUCUCACACCCAUUAGACAGAUCUAAAGAGCCGGUGGUCAUGUGUGCUCAUAGUGUGUGUGUGUGUGUGUGUGUGUGUGUGUGUGUGUGUGUGUGUGUGUGUGUGUGUGUGUGUGUGUGUGUGUGUGUGUGUGUGUGUGUGUGUAACUGUACUCUGCUGGUAUCAGUGACCUGUAUAUUCAGUGUGUUUUGGAACAUGAUCUGAUGCACUGACCUGCUCUCCCGCAGUGCAACAGACUGACGGAGGAGAGAGACGAGGCCGAGAGACAACUCAAACACAUCAAGAGAGGUGAGUCCAGCUUCCUGCAGCCUCCUCACACUCCUCCAUCACACACACACACACACACACACAAACACACACACACAUCGAGACCACGAAACGCUGACGUACAAACAAGCAGAGUUUUUUUUUCCAGAUGAUUAAAGGUGGGGUAGGCAGGAAUCCAUUAAAGAAGCAUCUUUUUUUGUGGUUCAUAUAAAAAAAAUCUUUUAAUAUCAGUCAAUAGUUAUUAGUUAUUGAUGACAUUUGGUAAUAUAUCGAUAUCUCUGUGUUCUCUUAUGUCUGUGUCGUCAACAUUUGAACAUUUUUGAGCGGUCCGCUCUUUCUGACUGUAAACAAAGCCGUUCUCCACCUCCUCUAACCUGAUUGGUUGUGAGGCAGACGCUGCUCCCCCGUGUCGUUCAGGAGCCCAAACAAAGUUAGCGUGCUACAAUAUCGGACAGUAGAAACCAACCAGAAAGUUCGGAAAAUUGUCUGAAUCCUCCUUUGACCACGACUGCCGAAACAAGCAAGAAAACAAAGUAAAUACCGGAGACUCUGGAGGAAGAACGGGCGCUUAAAACGGAGGUAGACCGGACAAGAGCUAAAAAGCCGGGUCAACAUAAACGAUGGGGGACGCUUGGGGAUCUUGGUGACCCUGUAACCUUUCUGCUGGACAGGUAAACCGCUUUAACAAAGUAAGACAAGUGUCUGUAACAGAAGUGUUUCUUGUCAAACGGACCUGCUGUAGCGUGUUGUAGCGCCAUCGCUAAACUGUCCUCCCUCGGGUCCUGGACUAUGUCACUUUAUCCUCGUUGUAGAAGUCCUGCAAACAUUGUGUUUGCUGGUAGUCUGUUGGCAUCUACAGUAGCACCAAUGCUUUUGACUUUCACCUUGACUGGGCCCCAUUUGUAAUGAUCUGAAGUAUUUAUCUGCAUUAUAUCUGAAUUUAAUUGGAACGAUACGAGCGAGCAGGAUCUCCAGAUUAAUUGCUCACUCUUAAUUGCUUUGUGUGGCGAAUCUGACGCCCGCCGUUUCACCCAGUGAAGGCUGAGAUCGCCUCUAGCCGCUCUGUAACCCUGACCAGGAUAAGCAGUUGAGAUGAUAUCACCAAAAUGACGCCUUAAUUUGAAAUUCAAAUCAUAAUGGCCGACUUCCUCUUGGGUUUAGGUCAUGUCUGUGAGACGUCCUGAUGUGUUAAAUAAUAGAAUAACAGAUUUCAUUAAUGAGGGUGGGUGUGGCUGCAUUUUAUAUGAUUUUAAGGGUCGCUGUGUCGCGUUUGUCUCUUAAAAAAUCAUCACCAGAACAUCAAUUUAACACAAAAAUAUGAAAAAUUUGAUGAUUUUUGUGGUGAAAAAGAAUAUUGAUCAUAAAUUUACUUGUAAGACGUCAGGGUCUUUCACUCUAAUGAAGUCACACAGACUGACUGAAACAUCAAACCGCCUCCUCUCUGACAGCUGACACCUCCUUCACACCUUUCCUCCUCACUUCUGCUGACAUGACAUCACCGACACCUUGUUCUCUGAGCGGGGUGUGCCUAACACGGGAGGGGAGGGGAGGGUGUUUACCCCAGUUUCCAUGACGACUGUCAGGUUAGCCAGGCGACAGGAGGAGAGCUUUUCUUCUGUUAGAGAGUUUAGAGUCGGGUCAGCGAGGAGCUGAAGGUGGAUCAGGAACCGUGAGGGAGACGCUGGUUUGAGUCAUGACGAUCCACAGAGGUAAGAGGAUCUCCAGGCUUCACUGCUGCUUUAACAUGUUCUUAUGAUCUGAUAUCUAAGCUGUGGUGUCAGGACUAAUACUGUUUAGUUUCAUAUCAAUCAUGGCUGUAGAGACUGUGCAGGACUUCUAGAUUCAGACUCUGAUCAUAAAAAAAGAGUCUUUUAGUCUUUUAGUCGGACUCAAACCUGCAGCUUUCUCUCAGUCGCCUGUCAGGAACGUGUCUGCUGCAGCAAAAACUGGACCUAUGAUCUCCAAACUCAGCAGAUACUUUGACAGCAGGUCCCAUCUCUUCAUCCGCUCAUUCAUUUACUCAUUUAUUCAUUCACCGUCUCCGCCCGAGGAGCCGGUGGUCGCUCCUGUCAUGUUAUUCCCAUGAAUUAUUUAAACCUCCUGCCAUGAAUAAUUCAGCAGCAGAACUGGGGGCAGGAUGACAGUGUGUGUGUGUGUGUGUGUGUGUGUGUGGGUGGGGGUUUCCACUGCUGCCUGACUCUCCGUCCAUUGUGGUCCUUCCAAAGGUCCGUCUACCUGCUGCUCCAUAUUUGAUGACCAUAUUUAACGCAUUAAUGAGGACGACUGCGGGCUCGUUUGAGUCCCAAAGGCCGGACUGGACCGGACCGGAGCGGAUUCAGUGACGAUAUAACUGUGAAAACAGGACCUGACCCCAGAGUCACUGCAGCACACUUGUCCCACUCUGAACGCUAUAAAGCUCCUUUCACACCAGGACCGUUUUUUCGUGCAAUUAUUUCGGACGUCAGUAUUUUUUUUGGAACCCGUAUCCUGUCAAUAGGAGUGUUCACAUUUUUUUCGGAUCACGGUCGAUUUUUCAUAAGUUUCGCAUACUGUGUGUCCAUUUCUGACCAAUCAGAUUGCGUGUUGUUGUGACGUCAGAUUCACUGGUAUAUCCAACAUGGAUAUACAUGGACCGGCUGAUUGUUUAUGUGUCGGAGAACAGAGUACUUUUUAAUAAAAAACACAAAUAUUGCAAAGAUAACGAACGAUAAUUUUAAAGUAGAGUAGCUUUAAAGGAGGUUUCUCAGACAGUGAAGUCUGAACCGUCUCUUCCUCCUGUCAUGGUCGCCUGUUCCUGAGACUCUGAGCUGGUGGAGGCGGAUGUCUCUCUGUCUGUAACUUCAGAUUUGUAUUAAACUCGAGGAGCAGAAAAAAGGAGCUGAGUGUCUCAAAUAUGUCAGAGGACGAGGUUUUAAAGCAGAGAGAGACAUGAUGAGGACAGCGGAGACACUCAUAUAUGAAAUAGAGAAGGAGAACAAGAGUCUGCAGAGGUGUGAGUGAUGAGAAGAAACCUGAAAAUAAGGAACCGAGGAUUACAUUUCACUGUACGGCGUCUAAUAUAACUGUAUGAAGAUGUAGCUUGAAGCUAACAGGGAAACCGUUCAGCUUUACCGCACUGAUAGCCUGUAGCCAUGUUAGCUUACUCAGCCUACUUAUUCAGUGUACUGUACUCAGAUGAAAGCCUGUGGCGGCACUGUCCCCGCAUUCAAGAGCUUUUAAAAACACAGAGAGAGAGACGAUAAGAGACCGGGGUCACACAGAGAGCAGGCGGGUCGGUAUCAUUUACUCUUCUUUAGACUUUUACAGAUCGAUAAACGUGUGUUUAACUUUCAGCUCCAGAUAUCAGACCAAAGGAGCAGUCGACUAAAACAGGGUUUUCAUUGGAUGAUAUUUACAGAGCAGGUGACUGAUACCUAACGCCCAUAUCGCCGUUAAUUAAUGGCUGAUUAAUUACCCGAUUAAUCAGUCAUCUCUCUCUAGUUUCUGGUUUUUAUCCGUCUGUAUGAAGAGCUUUUUCUCGGCGGCGUAAUCCGUCUAUUAUCAGAGCAGCAGACAAAGAAACUGAGAUGUUUUUAGAGCAUGUCUGCAGCUUUGAAAUAAAACUAUUUUGGUUUCAGCAAAUGAUUUCUUUAUUUUUACACACUGAGGGAUGAAAUAACUCAAAUGUUUUGGUUUUAAUUAAGGCUAACCCUGACUUUCCACCGCAUCCAGAAUGGCUCUGAUCCAGAACAGCAGCGAUUUUCGCCGUCCGCUAAUUCCUACCGGAUCCGUUUGUAAGGGCAAAUUUCGUGGCGGAUUACGGACAGCGGUAAUUGCGAGGACUCACAAGAACCCGCCGAUUCACAUUCAAUCACGCGAUAACGAGUUGUUUCUAUAAAGACAGACACAUAGACAUAUAAGCAGUAGAUUGUGUCCUUCCAGAGGAGGAAAUCUACUUCUAGACUUCUAGAAUCAGCAUCUCCUCAUCCAUGGUGUCAUCGGGGUGAAAUGACGUCUAAAAACCUUUCACUUGUUCGUCUCCGCCCGUUUGCAUGGUGUGAAAUACGAUCCUCCUGAAACACGUUUUAUUUUGAAAAGAAGCCGGAUGUUUUAUUUUGUGUCUGUGUCCGACUUCCUUUCCAGCACGGGUUAAUCUGGGCUGAAUUUAUCCGCCAUGCUCCGGCGUCCAGAAAAAUUUGAAUUCUUGAGAUCAGCUGAGGAGUUUGGCGAUCCGCAGCAGAACGGAUAGAAGCUGGUGGAAAUUGACACGUUAACUUGAAUGGUUAUGAUCAGCUACGAUCGGAGGAUACGGCCUUUUCGUAGCCGUUCCGGAUGCAGUGGAAAUUUGGGAUGAGAGUUACAAACAGAAGGUGUUUCUACGUCUGAUAGGUGGAGGUUAUAACGAAGAUCAGACUGAGAUUUCCAAAGAGGUGAGAAACUAUGUCCAAGUUUCAUACUGUCCCCGGUAGAAUCCUGCAGUAGAGGGACCCGCAUCAUCAAAAUUUGACCAUAAUUAUGAUACACAAAGCAGCCCCGAAAUAUUGGCGAACAUCGCCAUUUGCAAGCUUGAAUUACAGUCUGGUUCGUCGGCGUAGAACUGGACCGAUGUUUCUGUAACUACUUUCUAUCCUGAAACCCUAAAAAGCACAACAACUCUGAAUCUCUCCAGCAGGAGCUUAAAGGAGCACUUGAAGGCUGGAUUAGUGCAGCCAUUGUUCCCAGCUUAGCUUUAGCGUCAGUGUUGGAGUUUAAAAAAAACUCACUGUCAUUCACACUGACUUCUCUCUUUGUUAGAAAUCCUUACUCCAGGAAAGUAAAGGGAAAUUUUCUCUCCAUGAAGCAUCUCAUAACUCUUGAACAUCUGGAAACCUGCUGCAUGUUGGUGUUGGUAAAUCCAUGUCCAGCUUCCUGACUGUUUUAACCCUCUGUUCUGGAUUUCACCGUUACCCAGUGUGCUUAGUGUCGGCUAAUCCUCCAAAUCAUCUGUUUUGAACAUGCACCAUCACCGAAAGAGGCUUUCCUCGGCUUCAGCUCUCUCGCCGCUGAACUACAAAAGCUGUUUUUUGGCCCGUUGGAUCCUUGCAGGUUUUUAGGGCACGUCAUCAAACUCCUGAAGUGAUACGAGUUAAAAUGACCCAGAACUGAGUCUGACAGGAGACAGAGCGCUGCAGGACAAACUCUGUCUGAGUGAGACGACCAUGAAACAUCUCUUUGACAUUUGAUCGCAUAUUCAAACUUCUGUUUAAUUCCUCGUCUCUGUAUCAUGUAAAUGCACAUUCAGCCAUAAACACCAAACUGUUUAUUUUUUUGCAGCUGAAACUAGAACUGCAGAGGUUAGUGACAUGAAAUAAACAUGUUUGAAGUGUUGGCACCAGCUGUUUGUUUCUCCAAAAGAAGGAGAAAAAACCGUCUGAAUAAAGACAGGACUAUAAAUAGAGGAUGACCCACUGCCUCUUCCUCCUGAGUCUGGUCUGCGGUGCAGGCAGCCGAGCAGAGGACGAUGUGCUGUGAAGCGGUGGUUAAAAAGACUCAACAGGACUGCAGAGAGAGAGAGAGAGAGAGAGCGAGAGAGAGAGAGAGAGAGAGAGAGAGAGAGAGAGAGAGAGAGAGAGAGAGAGAGAGAGAGAGAGAGAGAGAGAGAGAGAGAGAGAGAGAGAGAGAGAGAGAGAGAGAGAGAGAGAGAGAGAGAGAGAGAGAGAGAGAGAGAGAGAGAGAGAGAGAGAGAGAGAGAGAGAGAGAGAGAGAGAGAGAGAGAGAGAGAGAGAGAGAGCUGAGGGAGGGGAUCACACCACCACAGCCCAUCCACAGGCAUUAAACAUUGACUGAGGGAUUAAAAAUAGAUCCAGAAGCCUUCCCUGUCCUCCUCCUCUUCCUCCUCCUCUUCAUCAUAUCACCCUCACUUUCCUCACAGAAACCAGAGCAUCUCUGACACUGAGCUGAAUGAAACAUCAUCACAGAGUCAAAGGUCACGAGGCGAUUCCUGUGAUCUCGCCGCAGUUUUUAAGAGUCAGUGUCGAGUCUGGGUUCAGUUUACCUGAAAUCACGAUUAUUAUUAUUAAUCUGCAUCACUUUAUAUACAAAAAAAAUGCACUGUAACACUGAGUUAGACACCCCCUCCAGAGAUGAAUGUUGCAGACUGUUUGCUUCUCUAGUUUUACCAACUUUAGUAACAACCGCAGGAUAGUAAUACAUAGAGCCACGCCCUCAACCAAAACGCCACUCUAUAGCCACAAAUAAUGCUCAGAACAGCACCUAACUUCAUCAACAGGACAUAUAGGGUCACAGCCAUAGUACUAGACACCAAACAUCUUUUUAACUUUGACUAAUUUCUUUAGCAAAGAGACUAAACACAACUCACCUACUCUCUUCCAUCAGCCGCUUGUUUGUAGCGUCUCAGUCUGAUUGUAUUUCCAUAAAGAAAUGAUCAUAAAUGUUCUUCCUUGAGCUGCGUCACCCCGCUGUAGUCUGUAAUGGACUGGCCCAAGGUCUCGCUACAAACAAGCCCUAACUUAAUUUUACACCGGAAUAUCCCUUUAACAAGUAAAAAAAAAAAAAAGUUAUUUCAAUCGUUCUUGAGCGACGCUGCUUCAUUUUUUCACCUUAAUUUAAAAACCGAGGCGGCACAGUUUUGAGUCUACAUUUUCAUAUUUUUCAUGGGGAAACAAAACAGUUAUCGAAAUUUAAACCCAAGUUAUCACCCAGCUCUAACAUGCAACCUCCUGUGCACAGGGGGCGCCAAACUGACACCAACCGAAUAUUACUCACAAGAGCUUUUAUGUUCAGUGUUCAGUGUUGGUUUUGCUCAUUGAAGCUCCACAGCAACAACUUGAAAAUGAAGAAAGUGAAUUUAAAAAGCUGCACAUAAACGUCAGAUCAUCAGAAUCUACUGAUCACAUCGUUCCAGUCCUGAGUCUGAGGUUUUCUUAUCUGUAUGAAACACAAACGUGUGCUGAGCAGACAGGAGGGAUUGAGUUACAGCAGCCUAACAACCGUUUGUGUGUGAAUAAUAACAGCUGGACAGUCUGUCAUUAACUGCUGGGCUGGUGUUUGUGAGGAACACUUUAACCCGAGUGUUGAACUGCUGAUAACUGUGUUUCAUCCGACCGAUCGGCUGACUAAAUGUUGUCCGAUGCAGAGGCAGAAAAACACCAAAAUGCAAAUCCAGAAUAUAAACUUAAACUAGAGGAGGCGCAGUAAAAUUGGCUCUCUGUAUUCUUGCCAAAGACCUUCAGUUUUGCACCAUAAACCCCACAGAUCUGCAGAGUAUCUCAGGAUGGAUGUCAGUGUUACUUUGUCAUCACUUGACUUUUAAGACGCAGCUCGUUUAAGGAAUAACAGGGACGAUAUCCAACAGAGAGUCUCAGCUGCAGCUCCACAUGGAUGUUAAAUUCAAGUAAAUGAACUUUCCAGAGGUCCUCAGGUACUAACCCCACAUGAAUAUAGCUGAUGUUAACAUCUUAGAAAAUCACUGUCGCAGUUUUCAUGUUAAACACCGAUGCUAAAAAAAAAAAAGGUGUUUAUCAUUUUCUAUCAUCAUCCUGCAUCCAGCUCUACGUCUAAUUCUGCCACUUGAUGCGAAUCACUGCGAAACUAAAAACUGCAGAAAAUCUUUGCGUUAAAAUUCAUGAUUUAAAGUUCAGUGUGACUCCGUGACUUUAUAAGGAUGUCGUGCAGAAAGUAAGACGACAUGAAUCCAGGCUGUUUGAGACUCUUUUGUGGUGUUACAGGAAUAGAAACACCUCCCCCCUCUACACUCAGCCGUGUGUGUCAGCAGUAUAAUCACAUUUGGGGUUUGUACAUCGACCAGGAAGCAGUCUGUUAAUGGAGCAGUGGGGUUGGUGGGAGGUUCCUGCUGACUGUAAUAUAAUCUGGACACAGCAGCCUGAAAGAGUCCAGGUCUGGAUGUGUCACCAGAAUGAAGCUGAACGAUCAAUAAAGAGAGAGAGAGAGACACAGUCCAUGAAUGAAUGAAUGAAUGAAUGAAUGAGUGUGUUUCGUGCAGAGAAGCUCAGUUCAGUGAAUCUAAUCAGCUGCUGUUGUAGAAAAUGAUCCGUGUGAAGUCUUGACAUUUAAGGAAAGAUAUAAAAAGAAAAAUUAAAGGUCGAGAGGAUCUUUCCUGACACUUUGGGAAAGCUUCUUCCUCACAAAGAUUCUCUCCUCUCAGUCUAGAUUUUCCCAAACUCCUCAUAUCUGGGUCAUUUUAAAAUAGCCGAGGACGAGCCGAGCUCUGGUGACAUGUUCGACAGCUGCAGGCGGCUCACGUCCUCAGGCCCACUCAGUGGUGGUUUUACUCGGAGAACCACCGAUCAUCACAGACCAAAUAUCACAAAGUGAAACCUCCUGCAGAUACAAAAAUCCAGCUGUAAAGAAAAUCUGUGAGUUUCAACAGGAGGAGAAGGAAACUAUCAUGAGGUAGCAGCUGACUUGGUGGUGUAUUCAGGAUCUGAGUUAAUGACAGUUUUUAGGCGAAAUCUUGAAUGUAAACUCUACCCCUCCCAACCAGUUUUCCCCUCAGCUCCUCCUCUCCCCUCAAGCCCCGCCCACAAACAGACGCUCCUGCUCGCUCGUAUCGUUCCAAUUAAAUUCAGAUAUAAUGCAGAUAAAUACUUCAGAUCAUUACAAAUGGGGCCCAGUCAAGGUGAAAGUCAAAAGCAUUGGUGCUACUGUAGAUGCCAACAGACUACCAACAAACACAAUGUUUGCAGGACUUCUACAACGAGGAUAAAGUGACAUAGUCCAGGACCCGAGGGAGGACAGUUUAGCGAUGGCGCUACAACACGCUACAGCAGGUCCGUUUGACAAGAAACACUUCUGUUACAGACACUUGUCUUACUUUGUUAAAGCGGUUUACCUGUCCAGCAGAAAGGUUACAGGGUCACCAAGAUCCCCAAGCGUCCCCCAUCGUUUAUGUUGACCCGGCUUUUUAGCUCUUGUCCGGUCUACCUCCGUUUUAAGCGCCCGUUAUUCCUCCAGAGUCUCCGGUAUUUACUUUGUUUUCUUGCUUGUGUCGGCAGUCGUGGCCAAAGGAGGAUUCAGACAAUUUUCCGAACUUCCUGGUUGGUUUCUACUGUCCGAUAUUGUAGCACGCUAACUUUGUUUGGGCUCCUGAACGACACGGGGGAGCAGCGUCUGCCUCACAACCAAUCAGGUUAGAGGAGGUGGAGAACGGCUUUGUUUAAGGUCAGAAAGAGCGGACCGCUCAAAAGUGUUCAAAUGUUGACUACACAGACAUAAGAGAACACAGAGAUAUCGAUAUAUUACCAAAUGUGAUCAAUAACUAAUAACUAUUGACUGAUGUUAAAAGAUUUUUUGUAUAAAACCACAACAAAAGAUGCUUCUUUAACAGAUUCCUGCCUACCCCACCUUUAAGUGCAGACAGCUGCAGUUCCUUGAGUAUCCACUAGAGACAGGCUUCAGCCUCUCUUUUGUCACGCUCAUUCAGCUCAUUCACUUAGAUACACACACCCGCCUCUCCCUGCUCUCCUCCCUCUACCUAAUUUCACGUUGAUUGGAGCUUCAUAAGAUGAAGCAAAAGGGAGAUCUGUUUGUAGCGAAUCUGGUUCAUGGUCCAGAUCUACUCUCUCUGUUUCUACGCCGACUGAAAGUAAACCUGAGUCAGCAUUUCCUGGCUCACAUGCGUGUGUGAAUGUGUCCUCCUCCUCCUCAGUGUCUCAGAUGGUGAUUGAGGAGGUGAGCGUCCUGCAGACUCAGCUGGAGAUCGAGAAGUCGUGCCGAGAGAAUGCAGAGGCCCUGGCCACAAAGGUCAGAUACACACACACACACACACACACACACACACACACACACAGAUUUAUGAUCAAUACAAUAAGAUUAGCAUUUUCAGGGUCCAGCUGGCAUUAGUGAGAGAGCAGAGAGAACAGCUGAGUCAGGAUGACUCCGCACAGAAACUGUCUGACUUCUUCUCUGUCAGCAGAAACUUUGAGUUCAUAUUAAACUUUAAUCAAGAUUAAAAAAAAGUCUAAAAAACUAACAAAUAAAUUAAGUGUAAAAGAUCUUAUAUAUGUAACAAAAUCACUGAGAAUGAAGUGAUCUUAAAAUUGAUUAUUUAAGCGUCUAAACAUGUAACUGACCCUGUGACCUUUGACCUCCAGCUGAACUGUGAGAACAGGAAAUUGAAGUACCUGAGCAUGUCCUCACGCCCAUGUUUGGAUGAACUCCUUCCCAGCAUCUCCGACUGCAUCGCUCUGGAGACGGACUCAGACGUCGACACGGCCGACGGGAGUCCGGACAACUUCACACAGUACCAUCAGCAGGUUAAAGGUACAGUACGCAGAUUUAUAAUAACAAAAAAAAAUAAGCAGGUUAAAGGUACAGUACGCAGAUUUAUAUUAACAAAACACCAUCAGCAGGUUAAAGGUACUGUACGCAGUUUUAUAAUAACAAAACACCAUCAGCAGGUUAAAGGUACAGUAUGCAGAUUUAUAAUGACAAAAACAACAAGAGCAGGUUAAAGGUACAGUGAGCAGAUUUAUAAUAACAAAACACCAUCAGCAGGUUAAAGGUUCAGUACGCAGAUUUAUAACAACAAAAAAACAUCAGCAGGUUAAAGGUACAGUACGCAGUUUUAUAAUAACAAAAACAACAUCAGCAGGUUAAAUGUUAAGUAUGCAGAUUUAUGAUAAAGUAAUUUCAGCAGGUUAAAGGUACAGUACGCAAAUUUCUAUCAAUAUCAAUUAUAUUAAUAUACCAUCUAAGUAUAUCCUUUUGAUUUUCUCAUACUUUAACCUGUGGAAAUCUUGUUUUUGUUUUUCAGAGCUGAGGGAGACGGUGAACAGCUUGUUGGAGGAAAAGAAGAAUUUCGUUUGUCAGAUUCACGAACAGCAGAGACGGAUAGAAGAGCUGACAACACAGGUGAGGAGGAAGGAGUGCAGAUGAACACAUACAGUACCUGCAGGAAAAACGUCUAUUUCUUCUUGUUAAUGUUCCUCUUCUUCUUCUUUUCUUCUGUCUCCUCCUUUUGCAGUCGGAGAAAGAUCAGGCUGAGAUGAAGGAGCUUCGAGAAACAGUCGAGCAACAAACUAAAACCAUCAAGAGAUUCAACAGAGGUGAGCUUGACUAAAACAACAGAAACACAACGUGAAACUCAUACUUGCACGUCUAUAAACUGGCUUUAUGAAGUGUCCUCCUGGAUUGUUUGGUCUGAAGCAUCUUCUGUCUUUGUCUCUGUAGUGUCCAUGAUGGCUGCCCAGGAGUACGACGGGAUGAAGGAGCAGCUGGACCUGGAGCAAAGCCUGAGAGUGAAAGCUGAGACGUACGCACAUGAGGUAAAGAGAGAACCACAAAAAGACCUCUCCCUGUACCACAAGUUAGUGUGAUUUGGAUUAAAAAAAGGGUUUUAUUGGACACAGAUACUACAAACUAUCUGCUUUUGCAUGAAAAUGCUGCAGACUGAUAAACCCUGACCUGCAUUGCUGUGCUGGUAAUUGAUGUGUGAUUAAUGAAACUGAUUAAUGAAAUGUCCUGAAUUUGCUGUUUACUGACCUGAAAAGGAAAAAGCCUGCAGGAUCAAAACAAACCGACAGAGAUGCUAGGAUGAUGUGUUGGAGUUUCUAGCUCCUCUCCUGCUCCUAUCACAUCCUGCUUCCUUAUUUCACCUUCCACGUCUCCUUCUCUCUGCUCUGCGCCUCCUCCUGCAGAUGCUGGUGAAGCAGAAGGAGGCCAACAGGCAGAGCAUGCUCCUGCUGCAGAGUGCUGAGCCCAGCGUUCAGCUGCUGAAGGCUCUGGAGGACGUCUCUGCCGUCACCAAAACCCUGGAGGAGGAGCGUCUGCAGCAUCAGCAGAAGGUAAUCCACAAAAAUCAACAAACUUCAGUUUUCUGUCAAGAAGCUGCUGCUCAUCAGAGAAGAGCUGAAGGCGGCGUGACGGACGGACAGAGCAAGAACUGAGUCAUCAUGAACCAGAGAGGGCGCUGUUUAAGUAGAACAGAAGAAGGUUGGGUUGGGUAUGUGAAGGUAGAGUAGUGUCUGUUAUGGCAGGUUGGGUAUUUAAGGGUAUGGUAUGGUAGUACAUAUUAGAAUCAGAUGGAGUAGGGUAUGUAAGAAUAAGGUAGUGGUUGUGUAAGGGUAGGGUAGUGUGCGUUCUCUGUAUGUUAGGGUUGGUGGGGUCAGGUAAUGUAUGUCAUGGCAAGGUUGUGUAUGUUCACGUAUUUUGGGUAGGGUAUGCUUUGCCAGGAUAAGGUUUAAGUUAUGUUUUGGGAGAAAAGUGUGUCCUCUGGAAGGUUUGGGUAGUUUAUGAUGGCGGGUAAAGUUUGUGAGGGCAAGGGAGGGUAGUGUAUGCUAGGAUAGGGUUGGGGAUUCGUAACGGUAGGUAAACAGGUAUUUUGCUAAGUUUGGGUAGUGAAUGUUAGGGUAGGGUGGGUAUGCGCAGGUUAGGAUGCUGGUAUUCAAGGGUAGCGUAGUGAAUUUUUAGGUAGGGAAGGAAAGUGCAUGUUGGGACAGGUGUUAUAAGGUUUUUGGAAGUGAAUGUCAGGAAAUGGUAGGGUAUUUUGGGUUAUUUUUUCGAUGGGGUAGUGUUUAUUAGGGCAAGGGAGGAUAUUGAAUGUUGGGAUAGGGUCAGGUAGUGUAUGUUUGGGGGGUUGGGUAGUUUAUGUUAUGGUAGGGUAGUGUAUGUUAGAGGAAGAAAGGGUAGUGUAUGUUAGGAUAAGGUAAAGUAUGCUUGGAUAAGUAAGCGUAUUGUUUCUUUGGCUGGGAAGUGUAUGUGGGGGUACAGUCAGGUAGUGUAUGCUUGGUAGGUUGGGCAGUGCAUGUUAAGGUAGGGUAGUGUUUGUUAGGGGAAGAAAGGGUAGUGUAUGUUGUGUGUAGUGUACUAUAAUAUAGAUUUGGUAUAGUUUUAUAAUAUGAUACAAAUAAAUAAAAAUGAACUAUGAAUACAAAAAUAAAUCAAAAUAAGAGAAAACAUAAAAAACAAAAAAAAUUAAAUUGUCAUGAAAAGAUGAUACAAAACAGUUUAAUUACAUUAAAGAAACAACAGUAUAAAAAGUCAAAAUACCUCGAUACCUCAUGUACGUGUGUGUGUGUGUGUGUGUGUGUGUGUGUGUGUGUGUGUGUGUGUAUAGGUGCAGACUCUGGAGGCCCAGCUGGAGCAGAGCUCAGUGAAGAAGCAGCUGGAGGCUCUGCAGAGGCAGCUGGAGCUGCUGGAGGUGGAGAAAAAAGAGGCGGAGAGACGACUGGAGCAGGCGGAGAAGACGAACGAGGAGCUGCAGAACAGAGGUGGGCGGAGGUGCAGACACACGCACACACACACACACACACACACAAACACACACACACACAAACACACACACGCACACAGACACAGAGAAGCAGGUGGGGCUUCCAGUCGAGCGCUGACAUGAGAACAGGAAACACACAAUCAAAUUUACUGCAUAGCAACAGAAAAUACUUGUUCCUGAUUGGCUGGCAGGUGUUUUCCUGAAUAUGGGUUACACUGAACAUGCUGCACUGAAGAGAGACCUCCUGAUGGAGAAAAUAAAAGACUUCAUGUAUGAUUUAUUUUGAAACCAAAGGAGAAAAAUUGAUAUUAGAUCAAUGUGAGUUUGGGAAAGUGUGAAAUACAAAGGAGGGAAAAAGCAACGGGGAUUUUUGACCCAGUUUUUUAACUCUGAUUUAGCUUCACCACACCCAGACUGAAUCUGAUCAGUUCUAUGGUUGGUUUUAAAAUCUCCUAACUGAAAAUACUGAGAUAUACUUCUUAAUUGAGGACGGCAGAAUAAGUCUUUAUUAUGUGUUUUUUUUUUUGCACCUGAUCUCUUUUUAAAGAUAUUUUGGGUCUAAACUACAGAAGUUGAUAUAAGGCUGCUGAGGCUGUGUUUUUUUACUAAAAUGUGAGCUCUUAAAAAUGUUUGUUUUUGCCUCCAACUGAGCUAAUCUUACCAACAUUUGAGUUUUAAAACAUGGGAGUUGAUGGUGAUAGGCAGUUCAAGGCUGUACACCUGCCCAUUAAAGCGCACGAGGAGAGGUUUUAGCGAAAAAGACUGAAACUAUAUGACCUGAAAGCUGUAAUCUUACCUCCCAGAACAUUGGAGUUUACCUUAACUAGGAAGUUUUUAAACUUUCAUUUCUAAAAAAAAGUUAUCCCAAUGGACCCAGUCUUGCUUUUGACACCUCAAACUAACUAGUCACUGGUUUGGGUUGACCACCAACUCCCAUGUCAGAAAAAAAAGUGUUUGUUCCCAAUGCUGUCCGGUGACUGACCUAAAUAACAACAUCACUGUGGGAAAAAAAACUAAAAAGAAUAAAAAAUGAGAAUUAUAAAAAAUAAAGUGGACAAGUCAAGCUCUGUCACUGCAAAAACGUUUAUUUUAAAAAAGUGAAAACGUCAAAAUUAGGUUUAUUCAUCUGAAAUGUCAUAAAAAUGGGUUAAUCCAAGAAAUGACUGACUGAAAAUAGGAACUUAAUUGUUUGUAAUAAGUACAAAAUCUGCUAAUUAAAUAAGAAAAUAUACUUUUCCAUUUUCCUUAAACUAAGAUGUGUUCUUUCAAGAACUUAACGGGUAUUUUUAUUCUCCUCCUGAUGCCGUAAUGUUUUUAAACUCUGCUUACAAUCAAUUCAGGUUUUAAUUUUUGGCUUAAAUUUUCAAAUGUGUCAGUUUUUUUUUUUUUUUUGACUCUUCAGGUGAACGAGGCUUAAAUUACGCCUAAUAAGACGUUUUUUCUGGAAAUCCGACAAAAACACUUUGUAGGAUUUUAUUUUUUUCGGUGUGUUUUUUUGCACUUUUAAGGAAGUUAUUAUAAAAUUGUGUAUUUUAACCAUUUAGACUCUAAGAAAAGGUGAAAUAAUAUAAAUAUUUUAAAGCACCAGGACUAAGUAUUGAAAGGCGCUCUCCAGGUUAACACCUCACAGUAAUUAUGUCUCUAUUUUUAUUACGUCGCUCGUGUUCGUGGCGUAGUUUACUCCCACACAGACUACUGCCCCAUCUGCUGCAGGAUAAUUGGCACGCAUGCAGAGUUUCUCCCUGCGUGAAAAACAUGGCAUCUGUGUGUGCUGUUAAAUGGGUCACAUGAAGUCAGAGCCAAAACCACCAACUGACUUUGACCAGGCGCCGUUAAAUAGGACAAUAAACACAGAGGCCUCUUUCACGGGCUGCCGGGCGAGAGUGUCCGCUCUGGAGUCAGGCGUGGAGGUUAAAGGAUUCCUCUUUUUGGGGAGAACUAAAACACAGACCCACUGAUGGAAGUCCACUGUUUCCACUCUUUCCUCUUCACAGUCCACGAGCUGCAGGUGGAGAGCCAGAAACAGGCUGCCAUGACAACCAGCACAGGACCCCCUCCCCCUGGACCUGGGGUUGCCCCGCCUCCUGCCCCUCCCCCACAGCCACCUCCUCCCCCUCCACCUCCCCCGCCGCCCCCUCCUCCACCUCCUCCCUCGAGAUGCAACCCCCUCAGGUGAGGUUUUAUCCUGUCCCGCUGUAAACGAUGUGACCUCUCUUUAAAAUCGCCCGUACUUCAGGUUUUUGUUCCUCCCUCCUCUCAGCUCUCUGAUCGCCAUCAUGAGGAAGUCCUCGAAAGGCUCCAAAGCCUCCAUGAAGGCCGAGGAGCCUCCAGGUGAGUCUCACUUCAUCAAACUGAGAACGCUAAGCCUUAGUUUAAAAGAUUUACCCUCUAAAUUAACUCUUUGCUUCUUCACUCUGUUUUCUCUUCUCUCAGCUGCAGGCGAGGGAGUGGACGACGUGAAGGUGAAGGCGGUGAAUGAAAUGAUGGAGAGGAUCAAACACGGCGUGGUCCUGCGGCCGGUGAAGAGUCAGGACAGCAAGGUGAGGAGGAGACUGACGGAUUGAAGCUACUCUCAGUCUCAAGUUUGAGUGCGUGAGCUCAUCCUGAAACAGAAAUGAUCUUUAAGGAGGACCAGACACACAAGCGGACUGCAGAAAAAUUACAGAGUGGGUCUGAGUCAGCGACAAAAAUAUUGAAAAUACUCAUAGUUUUAUUUCAGAGACAACUAUUAGCAUCAAAAAUACAUCAGGCUGCCCACAUGGUCCCUUUUUCUACUUCAUUCAGAUACUUUUAAUAAUUUAUUGUGUAUACAGAGAAAAGAUUAGUGUUUGAUAUUUAAAUGUUUUAGCCUCUUAACAUUUAAGAUAAAGACUUAAAAAUGUUUCUAAUAUGAACCUUUUUAUUCGUGGUCAUUAUUUUGGACCAAAACACACAAAAAUAUGUAUUUAUAAUGAAAAAUUUAAAGUCAAACCAAAUUACUAAAAAAGUAUAAAUUUGUAAGGAAAAUUUUCAAAAUAUAAAAGUUUUUAAGUUUAAAGUCAAAGUAAAAAGUUUAUAUUUUUCCUGAAAAUUGUCAGCAGACCUUACAAAUGUUUAAGUGGAUGUCAAAUGAAAACACAAAAAGUCUAUAUUUGUAAUAAAGAAUUUUAAAGUCAUGUAAUUUUUUUCAGUUAAAAGUUGAAUUAAAUAGUCUAUAUUUUUCAUGAAAUCUUGAUGUUUUAAAUAUAAAGUUAAAGUUAAACACUUGAAAAGGUGAACUUUUGUUUAAAAAAAUGUAAUAAAAAAAAAUAAAGUUAAAUUUAAACACAUAAAAAUACAUAUAUUUAUAAAAAAAUAUUCGUUUUUUUUAAAUGUUUAAAGUUAAUAGUCAAAAUAAAAUACCAACAAAAGUUUAUGUUUGUCAUAAAAUUUUUUGAGUGAUACGUUAAUGUUAGACCCCUCAAAAUCAUACAUUUAAAAUAAUAACUCUAAAUUAUUCUAAAAAAAAUUAAGUUGAAUUUAAACACUAUAAUAAUUAUAUAUAUUUAUAAAAUUCUUUUUGUUUUUUUUUUAAUUUUUAAAGCUUAUAGUCAAAUACAAAAAUUUUUUUAAGUUUUCAAUGACAAUUUUUAGUCUUUAUUUAUUUAUUUAUUUUAGUUUAAAGUUAAACACCUAAAAAUCAAACAUUUUUGAUAAAUGUUAUGAAAUAUUCUCUGUGAUUGAUUUUUUAAAAUGUUAACAAUCUAUUAUUAAUCACUCAGUGUAAAGGACUUGGAUUUUCCUUUAACAAAAACAAAACCAGAUGUAUUUCUCCUUGAAUCCUUUAUCUUCCAUGUCUACAUAACCUCUGGUAUUUCAAAGUUACAGAACAUAAAGAGGCGUUAAAGUAGUUGAAAAUACCAAAUAUCCACACGCUGAGCAGACAGACAGUCAUGUAGAGCAAAGCUCGGACUGUUACAUGUGAAAAAAAACGGGUUUGAUUCGAUGUCCAGUUUUCUGCUCGUUCUCAUUGAUAAAAUUAAAACAGUUUGUCCUCAUGGAUGGGUGUCAGGCAGGAGUGCAAGUGGGUCACAAUCAGUCCGAUGGCAACAACACCGUUGGUAUGCAGAGAUAUUGGCGUGCCAGCUUUACCAGCAUCGGAAAUCUCUCUGCGCUGACUUUCUGUCGGCCUUGAAUCCAAAGUCAGAGUGAAGUCCUGGUCAAAAGGUCUCCAUCUGUGUGUCUGUGGUGGUGUUUGUUGUGUAUUGAAUACUUCAACAAGACUUUGAGUGUUUGACUGUAUCUCAUCCGCCCUCCUGCCAUAAAAAUCAGGUGGUCAGUAAAAACAGCGGCGGGCGUCCAUCUUUGUUGUCGUCUGCCCGCUGCUCUCUGGCUGAUUGCUCUCCUCUCUCUUCUCUCCGUAUGUGUCUCCUUUGUGCCUCCACAGAGAGCAGCAGUAAAAGUGAGUCUAUUGAUGUUUGCAUCAAUCUUGUCUGAUGUGAAGUCACUCAUGUCUCCCUCCCCCCUGACCCCACUGACCUGAAACACACACACAAACGCUAACACACUAAAACACAACAUCACACACACACACGCUGCAGACCUCCUGGUUUCAGUCAGUUAAACACACACAUCACUUAAACUUCCAUUUCAGAUAACUUCCCUGGUCUGAACACCGUCUGUAAUUCUCCGGUCUAUGCACUUGUGUGAAUGCAAAUUUGUCCUGUAAGCGCCCAGUAAAAUUUCUGCAAGAAGUCAGUGUGAAAACGUGAAAAAAGUCAAGAAAAGAAUAAAAAAAUUAACUCUGAGAAGAACAUAUGGCUGGAAAAGUUUGGAAAAUUUCAGUAUUUAGGCUGUCCUGAAAUUUUCCAGAAAUGUCCAUGAGUGCAUGAGUGAAAAUGGCUCAAACGGAGGUCGUAUACCUGACCCAGUACAAAAGGCUCUCGUUGAUUUAUUUAGCAGGAAAAGGGAGUCGGUCUCUGCUGCUCUGAAACCACAUCUGAGUCCAAAAACAAAGAAUAACUUCAUACUGGAAAACCAAAUGUGACGCAUGUCAGGAAACCUUAUAAAUCACAGCAUGAAGAUGGCGGGGGUUUUGGUGUCCGACGUCCUGAAUUGGCUCGUCCCCAGUCUGUUAUGAUACUGGUGGAAUAUUCAGAGAUUUUUCAGCUGAUUUCUGAGUUUAUGUGGAAAUUAAAUCAGAUCAAAUUGCUGCAAAAGCUUUGUAAUAACAACUAAACUUUGACGACCAGCAGAACUCACUUAUUUUUCCUUAUAAAAUAAAUAAUUUGACAAAAUACGGCCUUGUUGGAAAUCAGAUACCCCGUCAUUUCUCUGCUGAAAAGCUGCCGUUUCCAUCUAUAAAGUGCGUCUUAAAUGCAGCUUCUUGAACAUACUGAAUAAACUCGUUUUCUUUUCCUUCCCAGCCGCCUGUGGUCUGUGAGGACAAGCAGCAGCAGCAGCAGCAGCAGCAGCAGGAGAGCGCCAUGGAGGAACUGAAAGGCAUCCUGGUAAAAUGAUCUAACAUCAGCUGUGAUAGAGAGGUGUGGUCUGAGGGGACGGUCUGCUUCCAGAUGAGUUUAAAACUCCAUACAGGAGCUUUAAUAAGUUAUUAUUAUUGCCUUUUAGCUCUUUAAACACCAUAACAGCGCUGUCAGGAUAUUACUGUAUCCACAGAAACCAUCUUUCCUUUACACUGGUGUCAUGAAACUGCAUUCGCCACAUUUCAGACUUCAAAAUAAAAGCACAUAUCACAGGACAGAAUAAAAUACCAAAAUAAAAGCCCGACAAACAAAUGUUAAAUAAUGUCGUCAGUCACAGAGCUGAUUAUUGAUCAUAAAUCUGAAUAUUUUUAGACAUGAAUAAAAACAUGCUCCACUCUCGGUUUUACUGAUGGAGAUGUUUUAUUUAUCGUCAAGUUUUCCAUGACAGGAAAAUCUGAUAUUAUGUCAGCCCUACCAGGGGUCUCACCUCCAUCGAUAAAUCCAGCAGCAGGUGCAAGAACAAGUAAAUUCAUUAGUUAAGAUAGGUCAGAUUAUCCAGGUUUACACAACCUUUAACAUGUGGAUAAUAAAUAAUCUUAAUCUUAAUCUGUGUUGGCGGACAGUCAAGUCUCUGCAGUGACGGUUGUGUUUUCCUGCAGGAGACAGUGAAGCGCAGUCCCAGCCGAGGAUCUCAGGAGUCAGGGCCGUCACCGCCCGGGAAGAAGGACAGCGAGCUGGAGGUCAUCCUGAGACGCCGGCGCAACAAGGCGGGAGAGGCUGGCUCUGGAGGUAAACACAGAGACGGAGGAUUUAGGGACAAUAAAAGCCUCAUGGUCUCAUCUUUUUUUUCUUUUUGUUGAGUUUUGAACUUAAUCUGGUUUCUAACUUUCCUUCAAUGCAAACUGAAGUGGUGUCAUGAACAUUUUUGGAGUUUGAAUCUACCUUUUAAAGUUGUAAAAAUGUGUUGUCAAAUCACUGAUUCAGUGAAAAUUAAGACAAUAUUCCUUUACAGGAACAAGACUGGCUUUAAAAGAUUUCCUCAAGUCAUGGAAAACUCCAUACACCAACAGAAAAAGGCUUUAUUUAACAGAAAUGAAAAAAAGAAAGUAUCAUAUCUGAAGAUUUUGUGAACAGUGUCGAGGUCGCAGGAUGAGUGAGGGGAAAACUGUUCUGAGCUGCUGUGGGUGUCUUUGACCAGCAGAGGGCCCUCUGAACCACAAACUAAAUGGAUUUAUCGGCUUCUCUGUGAUUGAUUAACCUGAAGGGAGAAAGAAGUCUUUAAAUCUAUUUACACCUCUGUUGUUUUUUUCAUCAUAAUCCUGUUUUUAUGUUUGAAAAGGGUCCGAGUGAGACAACAUUUUGAGUUGGUUACUAAUAUUCUAAUCUAAGUCUAAGAUUCUCUUUUUUUUCCUCCAGAUGAGCGGGAAGGUCAGAUGAGCCACGUCUCCUCCUUGGACAGUCUGAACGGGAGACGAACAAGCACAGACUCCGGCAAGGAUCCCGAGGUGCCCAGAGUGAUCACAGAGAGACGGGGCUCAGGACCGGGGCCCAUCGUGGCCAGGAGGAAGAGCUCGGACACGGGCAAAGAACCCAGGGUGGGCUCCUGGCAAGAGAGGAGGUCCUGCAGCUCGCUGACUGAGAAAGAAACAGCGGGGUCUCCGGUCAGCAACGGCUGCACCAACAGGUGAAGAAACAUCAGGAACACAAACGAGACAAGAGAGGGGGGAUGAAACUUAAUCUCACCUUCACCAACAGUUUGUGAGUUGAAACUGGGUUCUGCUUUUAAUGUUCGUCUGUCUCUCUCUCUGUUUCUGCUCUGAAGCGUGGAGGAGAACAACCACAACAUGACGGAGAGCUGCGCCCACACAAACGGAGUCGAACACGCCCGACCCAAAGAGGACGCCCAUGCUGCAGUCUGCGCCGGCCCGGUCAACGGCAGCACAGACGCCGAGUGCUAA